AACUAAAAAACAAAGCCAUUGCAAGAUGCAUAUUAGUUGAACACUCCUCAUCCCAUUCCCUCUUCCAAUGGAAACAUCUCAUCUAACACCAAAACCAUCCCCAUAUUUCUAUAAACAACAGCAAAAACAAGAAGCGCCCAAAUUUCCAAAAUUCCACUCGCACCCACCACCUGUUCAAUCAAUUGCCCACAAGAAAAACCCAAUAAAAAUCAUCCCCAAAUGCAUUAUCCAGCUCUCGCAAACACCCAUUCAACCUUCUUCAAAUGCACCCGAUGGCAAUUAGAAGAAACCUUAGACAAAUUCUCCUGCCCUUUCCAUUAUUAUUGUGACAGCAUUUACCCUGGCGAUUACCCUGCUGCCAUUGAUUUACUCGUUCUUAUCUUCACAGCAGCCACCUACAUGUCGACCCUUUUGUUCAUGCUAGCCGACAUGUCAUUUCGUGGGAAAUUUUGUUUAGAUCAGCCAAAGAAGUUCCUUUUACCAUCUGGGCCAUUUUCACUUCCGAUUUUUUUGUUUGUAUUAGCCAAAGGCUAUCGUAUUAAUACACUUUUUCCUCUCUUCUUAAUGGGUCCUCCAAUUCUUCAUAUGGUUUACAUUUCAGCUCUCACAUUUGACAAUGGAGCAGACAAGGAUAUUAAAUAUGUGUUCUUUGAAGCUUCAACAAUGUCUGGGAUUCUUCAUGCCAGCUUGAAUUUGGACUCUGUGAUUCUGCCUUAUUACACAGGUUUGGAUGCUUUGGUUGGGAGUGAGUUUUCUGGGGAAUGCCCAUCAUGUGUUUGUAGAAAUGCCCCAUUAGAAGUUGGGGGUAGAUUUGUGUCUUAUAGGGGUUGGUCGGGUACUACGUUUGUGGUUGUGUGUGUUUUGUGUACGAGGAUUGUGUGUCGGGUGGCAGGGGAUAAGGUUAUGAGAAAAGUUGUAGUUUUGAAAUGGCUGUUGGAAGGGUUGGGUUGGGUUUUGAUAACAUGGGAUUGUGUUUAUUUGAGUGCAAAUUUGGGAGUGGAGAGAAGGGAAUUGCAAGGUGUUGUUUAUGGUUGUGUGUUUGGCUUGGUGUUUGUUCAUAUCAUCAAAUUGCUGAGGAGAUGGCAUUUGAUGUGUUCUGUGGGGAAUCAAAACCAAUUGGAUCAAGUGUAAAUAUGGUGUUUUUUUGUUGUAUAUAGAGAAUGUUGGUUUGGUUGCCAUGUAAAGUUGAAGCUCUUGUGUUGAUAUGUGAAGUUGAAGGCUUUUCUUUUUGGAAUUUAUUGUUGUUUUUUUUUUUGGGCCUUCUUUUCAAUUCAAUCCAAUCCUAUCUAUAGUUUUGGUGAA